GACUUCAUUCCAGUCUUGUGAUAUUUAGUGCUUAGUACAGCAGUGUCAGUGCUGUCCUUUAGAAUAACUUAUUUUUUAACAUUUACAUAGAAAUCAAAUACUAACCAAUCAACAUGUGUGAAGAAGAAGUUGCCGCUUUAGUCGUAGACAAUGGAUCCGGUAUGUGCAAAGCUGGUUUUGCUGGGGAUGACGCACCCCGUGCCGUAUUCCCUUCAAUUGUUGGACGCCCAAGACAUCAGGGUGUCAUGGUAGGAAUGGGACAAAAAGAUUCCUAUGUAGGUGAUGAAGCACAAAGUAAAAGAGGUAUCCUUACCCUAAAAUACCCCAUCGAGCACGGAAUAGUUACAAACUGGGAUGAUAUGGAGAAAAUUUGGCAUCAUACAUUCUACAAUGAACUCAGAGUAGCCCCAGAAGAACACCCCGUUCUGUUGACAGAAGCUCCACUCAACCCCAAGGCCAACAGGGAAAAGAUGACACAAAUCAUGUUUGAAACUUUCAACACCCCAGCCAUGUAUGUUGCCAUCCAGGCUGUACUCUCCUUGUAUGCAUCUGGUCGUACCACUGGUAUUGUAUUGGAUUCUGGUGAUGGUGUAUCCCACACUGUCCCCAUCUAUGAAGGUUAUGCCCUUCCCCAUGCAAUCCUUCGUUUGGACUUAGCUGGUAGAGACUUGACUGAUUACCUCAUGAAAAUCUUGACUGAACGUGGCUACUCUUUCACCACCACAGCAGAAAGAGAAAUUGUUAGAGAUAUUAAAGAAAAACUCUGCUAUGUAGCUUUGGACUUCGAACAAGAAAUGGCAACUGCUGCCAGUUCCAGUUCCCUUGAAAAAAGUUACGAACUUCCUGAUGGACAAGUCAUCACCAUUGGUAAUGAAAGAUUCCGUUGCCCAGAAGCCCUCUUCCAACCAUCCUUCUUGGGUAUGGAAGCAGCUGGUAUUCAUGAAACCACCUACAAUUCCAUAAUGAAGUGUGAUGUUGAUAUCCGUAAGGACCUAUAUGCCAACACUGUACUCUCUGGAGGUACCACCAUGUACCCAGGCAUUGCUGACAGGAUGCAGAAAGAAAUCACUGCCUUGGCUCCUAGCACAAUGAAGAUUAAGAUCAUCGCUCCACCAGAAAGGAAAUACUCUGUAUGGAUCGGUGGUUCCAUUUUGGCCUCUCUAUCCACCUUCCAACAAAUGUGGAUUUCCAAACAAGAAUAUGAUGAAUCUGGUCCAUCCAUCGUCCACAGAAAAUGCUUCUAAUUUGUUUUUGCCUGCAUUUAUAUUCUUUAUUUCUAUUUACAUAAGCCCGCCCAUUUUGAGGGCGCGAACUGCCGUGUUUAUAAUAUGGGAUCGAGACCAUAAAAUAUCCACACUAGGCCAAAGUAUUACUAUCUUAAUUUUUGUAAUUUAUUACCUGUGCAAAGUAAGACUAUUAUAUUAUUAGGCUAAUACUAUGGGAAAAUAAAAAAAAUUGUAAAACUCAUUACUCUGUUCCUUAAUUUAUUUUACCUUUGU